AUGCCUCAUGAUGAAGGCACAGACGUAGAUCAGAACAUUCUAGAUGCUCUUCUCUUCAAUACCUCUCGUAUCGGGCACGGCUAUGCUCUGGCACACCAUCCUCUUGCCAAAGAGCUUUCCAGGAAGAGGAACGUAGCUGUGGAGCUCUGCCCAAUCUCUAACCAGGUGCUGAAGCUGGUGUCGGAUCUGAGGAACCACCCUGCAGCCGUUCUGAUGUCCGAGGGUCACCCUCUGGUGAUCAGCUCAGAUGAUCCCGCUCUCUUCGGCUCAACUGGACUCUCCUACGACUUUUACGAAGCCUUUGUAGGAAUCGGAGGUCUGAAGGCGAAUCUGGGCACGCUGAAAGAGCUGGCCGCCAACUCCAUCAGGUACAGCUCGCUGCCAGCUCAUUUUAAAGACAGAGCUUUCGCCAUGUGGCAAAACAAAUGGGACGCCUUCAUCUCUGAUAAUUCGUGACUGUCCAAUUAUAACUGAUCC